UCCGGCGGGAACCGGAAGAUGCGGUAAAACACAGAAUCCCGGGUCCACUGACGAGCCGGGCGCCAAGAUGUCAUUGCCAAGAAGAGCAAAAAUACAGGUCCAGACUACAGUGUCCAAAGAUGAAUUUUCUUACUUCUCUGAGCUGUCAUCUGCCUCUGAAGAAGAUGACAAAGAAGAUAGUGUUUGGGAGCCUCAAAAGAAAGUCCCUAGAGCCCGGAAGCAGCCUGCUGCCAAGGAAUCCAAGCCAAAGAGGAUGCCUCGGGGGAAGAAGAACAUAACACUGAAGAGUGGUGGCUCAGAGGGCGUGGCUGUUAAGGAGGAGCUGAAUAGGUCUAUAGCUAUUGCUGAUGUUGAUUUGGAAGAGAAUAAAUUGAAUACUGCACAGACUCUGAAAACAGCAAAGACAAAACAGAAAAAUUCAGCUCAAAGGAUGAAAAAGCUUAAAGUUGAUGAAGAAACCAGCGAAGUGAGCAACUUAGCGGGUGAAAGUAACAGUACAGAGAUACCAUCAACCAGCACCAUGGUGGAAGGUGUCUGCAAGAAGGAGGAGAAUGAAGACGACUUCACAUUUGGCCAGUCUCCAUUAAAGAGAAUGAAGACGGAAAUGUGUCCUCAGGGGCAGCCUGUCAAGUUUCCAGCAAGUGCCAACACUAUUAAAGAGGAGGUAGAAAUGAAUUGGGACAUAGUACAGGUUUUAUCUGAGAGAACUAACAUUGAACUUUGGGUUUGUGCCAACAUCAUUCGUCUCUUUAAUGAUGAUAACACAAUUCCCUUCAUUGUACGUUAUAGAAAAGAGCUCAUCAAUAACUUGGAUGCUGAUUCCUUGAGAGAAGUUCGACAAACCCUCGAAGAGUUGCGGGCGAUUGCAAAGAAGGUUCAUAGUACAAUCCAGAAGAUUAAGAAGGAGGGAAAGAUGUCUGAGUGUUUGUUAAAAGCCUUGCUGAACUGUAAAAGUUUCGAAGAACUAGAACAUGUGUCUGCUCCAUAUAAAACUGGGAGUAAAGGCACAAAAGCCCAAAGAGCAAAGCAGCUGGGAUUAGAAACAGCAGCCUGGACACUACUUGAGAAUCCAGGGAAGCUCAAUCUGCUCUCUUACAUUCGACCUGAUGUUAAAGGGCUUUCUGCGCUCCAGGAUAUUGAGACAGGAGUGCAGCAUAUUUUAGCAGACAUGAUUGCUAAAGACAAAGACACGCUUGACUUCAUUCGGAAAUUGUGCCAAAAUAGAUACAUUUGUAUUCAGUCAUCUCUGGCCAAAGUAUCCUCAAAGAAAGUAAAUGAGAAAGAUGUUGAUAAGUUUCAACUAUACCAGAACUUUUCAUGCAACAUAAGAAACAUUCAGCACCAUCAGAUUUUAGCAAUUAACCGUGGAGAGAAUUUGAAGAUACUGACAGUCAAGGUCAACAUUUCUGAUGGAAUAAAGAAUGAAUUCUGUAGGUGGUGCAUCCAAAACAGGUGGAGACCACGUGGCUUUGCAAGGCCAGAGUUAAUGAAGAUUUUACAUAAUUCACUGGAUGAUUCCUUUAAACGCCUUAUUUAUCCUCUCCUCUGUAGAGAUUUCAGAGCCAAACUGACAUCAGAUGCAGAGAAGGAAUCAGUAAUGAUGUUUGGACGGAACCUUCGUCAACUCCUUUUAACAAGCCCUGUCCCAGGGCGCACCUUGAUGGGAGUAGAUCCUGGUUACAAACACGGUUGCAAAUUAGCUAUAAUUUCUCCUACCAGUCAGAUACUUCAUACUGAUGUGGUUUACCUGCAUUGUGGACAAGGUUUCCGAGAGGCAGAGAAGAUAAAGAGACUUUUGCUGAAUUUCAACUGCAGCACAGUGGUGAUUGGAAAUGGAACUGCCUGCCGGGAAACUGAAGCUUACUUUGCUGACCUGAUAAUGAAAAAUUACUUUGCCCCACUGGAUGUUGUUUACUGUAUUGUCAGUGAAGCAGGAGCAUCAAUCUACAGUGUGAGCCCUGAAGCCAACAAAGAGAUGCCAGGGCUGGAUCCUAAUUUGAGAAGUGCAGUUUCUAUAGCAAGGCGUGUACAAGAUCCAUUAGCUGAGCUAGUGAAAAUUGAGCCGAAGCACAUUGGAGUUGGAAUGUAUCAGCAUGAUGUAUCCCAGACUUUACUCAAGGCAACACUGGACAGUGUUGUAGAAGAAUGUGUCAGCUUUGUGGGAGUGGAUAUUAACAUCUGUUCAGAAGUUUUGUUAAGGCAUAUUGCGGGACUGAAUACCAACAGAGCCAAAAAUAUUAUUGAAUGGAGAGAGAAAAAUGGUCCCUUCAUCAACCGAGAACAGCUGAAGAAAGUGAAAGGGCUAGGUCCAAAAUCUUUCCAGCAGUGUGCUGGCUUUAUCAGAAUCAACCAAGAUUAUAUUCGAACAUUUUGCAGUCAGCAAACUGAAUCUUUAAGCCAUAUUCAAGGAAUUGCUGUGACACCUUCAGCAGGUGUCGAGGUCACACAUGAGAAGCAGGGCAAAAAGAAGAACAAAACCUCAGUGGAUGCUAUGCUAAAGCCAAAUCCUCUGGACCAGACUUGUAUUCAUCCAGAAUCAUACGACAUAGCAAUGAGAUUUUUAUCAUUCAUUGGAGGGACACUGUGUGAGAUUGGAAAACCUGAAAUGAAGCAAAAAAUAAAUUCAUCUCUUGAGAAGGAAGGAAUAGAGAAAGCUGCAGAAAGAUUGACAACAACAGUACAAACCUUACAGAUCGUCAUAGAUGGUCUCAGCCAACCUGAAAGCUUUGACUUUCGAACAGAUUUUGAUAAACCUGAUUUCAAGAGAAGCAUAGUAUGCCUGGAAGAUCUGCAGGUUGGCAUGAUUCUGACAGGCAAAGUUGAGAAUGCCACUCUGUUUGGGAUUUUUGUGGAUAUAGGAGUGGGACGAUCAGGGCUGAUUCCCAUACGAAAUGUAACAGAAGCAAAACUUUCUAAAACAAAGAAGAGAAGGAGUCUUGGACUGGGCCCCGGAGAAAGAGUGGAAGUCCAGGUCCUCAACAUUGACAUCCCCCGAUCCAGGAUUACUCUGGACCUUAUUCGAGUGUUGUGAGUGUUCUGCUGAAGGCCAGACACUGAUUUUAUUUCCCUAUUUCUUUUGUUUGUUUGUUUGUUUGGUACCGGGGAUCGAACUUGGGUCCUUGAGCUUGCAAAGCAGGCAGCAGAACCACUGAGCUAAAUCCUCGGCCCUUUAUUUCCCUAUUUCUACAGAUUGACAAGCAUAAGUAAGAUAUUCCUGAAUUUUAGGUAGCAUAUGAGAAAGAAAUCGCUUAAUAUCAAAAGUAUUUUCUGAACAUUUUCCUUCUUCUUCUCUUAUGAGUAAAUAGAAAACCAAAUGUUUGGUUUCUUUUCCCUUUAAAGAAAAUAACUGGUAGACAUCCUUAUGUGGCAUUUUUGUAGUAAGUUUUCUGAUCAAAACUUUAUUUUUUAUUUUUUGUAAUUCAUCAUUGACUACAUUUUUUACAACAAAUUGCCUCAGUUCUGCUUGCCAGCAUCUGCCUUGUUGGACUUAUAUGGGAUUGUCUUCUUGAUUUGAAUUAUACAAUGUUUGCUGACACAGUAGAGAUGACAGUACUUCCAUUUAAUAGAUUUUUUUGUUAUUAUCAGGCCUUUUGGCCAUGAUACAUUAUUUUUGCAAUCUUUGUUUUCCCUUGCCACGCAAACAAAAAAUACACUAGUGAAACAGAUGUGUUUGUAGCUGUCCAAUGAAUGGUUCAGAACAUUACUCUGAAAUAUAUAUGUAUUGAUCUCUGCAAUAAAGUUUUGUGGCUAGUGACUUGCUAUGUUGAUUCAGUGAAUGACCCAGAAGUCAGUCUUGAUUAAAGAAGAUAUGGUUCACGGAAGUAUUCCUUUGGGGAAGAAGGAAGCCUCUGAAAAUCUGAAGAGUGACUUUAUUUGACUUAGCUUGUCAUAGAAGGAUAUAUUACUUCUUAACCAUCAGGAUUAACUUCAAAUGAGGAUUAAAAAUGACCACCCUGAAGAUUGAAUAUAGGUCUUUUUUGCCUGAGAAAGGGCAAGAAAAACAAGUAGAUAAAGGAAGUGACUCUUAACUCUGUUUAUUUAGUAGAGAUGGUAUUAGUGUGACUAUUUAGUGUCAAAGGGAUGUGAAGCUCCUACUGGACUGGUAGCUUAUCCUGACUUCUGGUGCUGUUGUUGAUUUGUCUAAUGAAGUUAUUUGCAUGAUUGAGUACUGCUUUUCUGGAAAAUGGUAACUGAAGUGUCAUCACUCCUAUUUAUUUGUCUGAGACAGUACUAGUAAAACCCAUUGUCCUGGCAUCUUUUUUAAUAGUGCCUCUUUUUAUCUUCCAAGUCUUCUAUUUGGGGUCAUAUCCCCAUCUGCUAAUAGUAGUCACUUAAAAAUAGUGACUGACUGUAUGUCUCAUGACAGUGCUACCUGGCAGUUUGCUAUUCUCAAAAAAUACAGGCUUACAGAUUGUGUUUGUAGAUCAUUUUAAUGAAGCAGGCUCCUUAAAAGUUGUGUAAGUCACAUCCUGUUCAAGUCCCAUUGUAAUUCUGGCAAUUUACUCUUUUUUUUUUUUUAAACAAUUCACAUUUUAUUUAGAUUGAAAUAAACUGUACAAAAUUUUCUUCACCAAAAAUAACAGCAAUUAUUUUCUGUAUUAUUUCUAGAUAAACCACAAAACAUUCAUUUUGUAGGUUUUCAGGUUUGCUUAUAAAUCAAGAUGAGGCAGUAGAUAAGAGUCAUGGAAAAAGAUAAGAAAACAGACAAGUCAGUUGCCUGUAUAGAUGGUCUCUGAUUCUGCCUUGACGAUGAAGCAGAAGUGUUCAACAUUUACCUGCUAAGAAGUUUAUGAAGAUGUAGGUUCCACAAAGGAAUGUAAACAGCAAUAACCAGAUGUGGAAUAACAAUGGCAAGCUCUUCUAUUCAAGCUUAAACUGUAACCUCUUCUUUUAAGCUCAUUUAAUAAAGACAAACUCUACAUUGAAA